CGCUCUUGUGCCCCCCCCCAGGCAUCCGCCCCCAAAUCAUGAACGGCCCCUUACACCCCCGGCCCCUGGUGGCGCUGCUGGACGGGCGGGACUGCACCGUGGAGAUGCCCAUCCUGAAGGACCUGGCCACCGUGGCCUUCUGUGACGCACAAUCCACGCAAGAGAUCCACGAGAAGGUGCUGAACGAAGCCGUGGGAGCCAUGAUGUACCACACCAUCACCCUCACCCGCGAGGACCUGGAGAAGUUCAAGGCGCUGCGCGUCAUCGUGCGCAUCGGCAGCGGCUACGACAACGUGGACAUCAAGGCGGCCGGGGAGCUCGGAAUCGCCGUCUGUAACAUCCCCUCGGCGGCUGUGGAGGAGACGGCCGACUCCACCAUCUGCCACAUCCUCAACCUCUACCGGCGGAACACGUGGCUGUACCAGGCGCUGCGGGAGGGCACGCGGGUGCAGAGCGUGGAGCAGAUCCGCGAGGUGGCCUCGGGGGCGGCACGCAUCCGCGGGGAGACGCUCGGCCUCAUCGGCUUCGGUCGCACCGGGCAGGCCGUCGCCGUCCGCGCCAAGGCCUUUGGCUUCAGUGUCAUAUUCUACGACCCCUACUUGCAGGACGGCAUCGAGCGCUCGCUGGGCGUGCAGCGGAUCUACACCCUGCAGGACCUGCUCUACCAGAGCGACUGCGUGUCCCUGCACUGCAACCUCAACGAGCACAACCACCACCUCAUCAAUGACUUCACCAUCAAGCAGGUGAGGG